ACCAGGAACUUCAUUUCAGAGAAAACAAAACUCAGAAAACUCAGAGCCUCUCUCUCUCUCUUUCUCUCUCUCUCUUUCUCUCUCUCUGUGUGUGAGUGCAGGAAUAUGUCAGAAUCCAGUAUUUCAGUAGAUCAGCUUUCAGUAGAUCAGUUCAGCUGUCCAGUGUGUCUGGACCUCCUGAAGGAUCCAGUGACUACUCCCUGUGGACACAGUUACUGUAAGGUGUGUAUUAAUGGCUGCUGGGAUCAGGAGGAUCUGAAGGGCGUCUACAGCUGUCCCCAGUGUAGGGAGACUUUCACUCCAAGGCCUGUUCUACGCAGGAACAACAUGCUGGCUGAAGUGGUGGAGAGACUGAAGAAGACUAAACUCCACGCUGCUUCUCCUGCUCACUGUUACGCUGGACCUGGAGAUGUGGAGUGUGAUUUCUGCACCGGGAGAAAACGCAAAGCCGCCAAGUCCUGUCUGGUGUGUCAGGCCUCCUAUUGUGAAGAUCAUCUUAAACCUCACUUUCAGUCUCCUGCCUUUAAGAAGCACAAGUUAGUUGAAGCCUGUGCAGAGCUCCAAGAGAAGAUCUGCUCUCAGCACGACAAACUGAUCGAGAUCUUCUGUCGUACUGACCAAAGCUUCAUCUGUUACUUGUGUUCGAUGGAUGAUCACAGAGGCCAUGAUACGGUUUCAACUAAAGCAGAAAGAACUGAAAAACAGAAUGAGCUACAGGAGGAGCAGAUGAAAUCCCAGCAGAGGAUCCAGGAGAAGCAGGAGAAGGUGCAGGAGCUGAAACAGACUGUGGACACUAUUAAGAUGCGUUCACAAGCAGCAGUACAUGAGAGUGAGAAGAUCUUUACUGAGAUGAUCAGCUCCAUGGAGAAAAAGCGCUCGGAGGUGAAGGAGCUGAUCAGAGCUCAGGAGAAAGCUGUACUGAGUCGAGCUGAACGUCUCCUGAAGCAACUGGAUCAGGAGAUUGCUGAUCUUAAGAGGAGAGUCACUGAGCUGGAGCAGCUUUCACACACACACGAUCACAUCCACUUCCUCCAGAGUUUCCCGUCUCUCUGUGUUUCUCCUGGAUCUGAGGACUCACCCAGCUUCACUGUCAAUCAACAUCUCUCAUUUGAUGGAGUGAGGAAAUCUCUCUCAGAUCUGAAAAAACGAGUCGAGGAAAUUUGUGAGGAGGAAUUCAACAAAAUCUGUCCACAAGCUGCAGCAGUUCAGAUGAUUUUACUCUCAGAACUGAAGAGCAGAGAAGAUUUUCUGCAGUAUUUCUGUUAUCUGACUCUGGAUCCCAACACAGUACAUCAUCAACUCAUUCUGUCUGAGAAGAACAGAGCGGUGAAGCGCAGUGGGACAGAACAGCGAUACUCUGAUCAUCCAGAGAGAUUUGACUCCUUGUAUCAGGUGUUGUGUAAGGAGAGUGUGUGUGGACGCUGUUACUGGGAGGUGGAGUGGAGCGGUGAUGAUGUGUUCAUAUCAGUCUCAUAUAAAGAGAUCAGCAGGAAAGGACAGGGAUAUGAGUGUUUGUUUGGAUACAACAAUCAGUCCUGGAGUCUGUGGCAUUUUUCUUCCUCUGUCUCUUUCUGGCACAACUACAUUGAGACUGAUCUCCGAGGUCCAGCGUCCUCCAGAAUAGGAGUGUAUGUGGAUCACAGUGCAGGAACUCUGUCCUUCUACAGCGUCUCUGACACGAUGAAGCUCCUCCACAGAGUCCACACCACAUUCACUCAGCCUCUAUACGCUGGGUUCUGUAUGUGGAGUUCUGACUCGACUGUGAGGUUCUGUGAUCUGAAAUGAAAUGUUGGUAAAAGUUUUUAGUAAAAUUAUAACUGAGGUGUUAGAUUUAUUUUCUCCCCGAGUUAGAAUGGCACUUUUGUGUGCAGAAACUGUAACAGAUCUAUACUAUUAUUAUUAUUAUUAUUAUUAUUCAUUUAAAUUUUGGAAACCCCUAAGUGAAAAUGUCCAAAUUGGGCCCAAUUAGUUAUUUUCCCUCCCUUGUUAGUGUUACAAGGUCUCAGGUGUGAAUGGGGAGCAGGUGUGUUAAAUCUGGUGUCAUCGAUCUCACACUCCCUCAUACUGGUCACUGGAAGUUCAACAUGGCACCUCAUGGCAAAGAACUCUCUGAGGAUCUGAAAAAAAGAGAUGUUGCUCUAAAUAAAGAUGGCCUAGGCUAUAAGAAGAUUGCCAAGACCCUGACACUGAGCUGCAGCACGGUGGCCAAGACCAUACAGCGGUUUAACAGGACAGGUUCCACUCAGAACAGGCCUCGCCAUGGUCGACCAAAGAAGUUGAGUGCACAUGCUCAGCGUCAUAUCUAGAGGCUGUCUUUGGGAAAUAGACAUAUGAGUGCUGCCAGCAUUGCUGCAGAGGUUGAAGGGGUGGGGGGUCAGCCUGUCAGUGCUCACACCAUACGCCGCACACUGCAUCAAAUUGGUCUGCAUGGCUGUCGUCCCAGAGGGAAGCCUCUUCUAAAGAUGAUGCACAAGAAAGCCCGCAAACAGUUUGCUGAAGACAAGCAGACUAAGGACAUGGAUUACUGGAACCAUGUCCUGUGGUCUGAUGAGACCAACAUAAACGUAUUUGGUUCAGAUGGUGUCAAGCGUGUGUGGCGGCAACCAGGUGAGGAGUACAAAGACAAGUGUGUCUUGCCUACAGUCAAGCAUGGUGGUGGGAGUGUCAUGGUCUGGGGCUGCAUGACUGCUGCUGGCACUGGGGAGCUACAGUUCAUUGAGGGAACCAUGAAUACCAACAUGUACUGUGACAUACUGUAGCAGAGCAUGACCAGUAUGCAGUAUUCCAGCAUGAUAACGACCCCAAACACACAUCCAAGAUGACCACUGCCUUGCUAAAGAAGCUGAGGGUGAAGGCGAUGGACUAAACCCUAUUGUGCAUCUGUGGGGCAUCCUCAAAUGGAAGGUGGGGGAGCACAAGGUCUCUAACAUCCACCAGCUCUGUGAUGUCAUCAUGGAGGAGUGGAAGAGGACUCCAGUGGCAACCUGUGAAGCUCUGGUGAACUCCAUGCCCAAGAGGGUUAAGGCAGUGCUGGAAAAUAAUGGUGGCCACACAAAAUAUUGACACUUUGGGCCCAAUUUGGACAUUUUCACUUAGGGGUGUACUCACUUUUGUUGCCAGCGGUUUACACAUUAAUGGCUGUGUGGUGAGUUAUUUUGAGGGGACAGCAAAUUUACACUGUUACACAAGCUGUACACUCACUACUUUACAUUGUAGCAAAGUGUCAUUUCUUCACAGAUGUCACAUGAAAAGAUAUAAUCAAAUAUUUACAAAAAUGUGAGGGGUGUACUCACUUUUGUGAGAUACUGUAUUUUGGGGAGGGAAGAGGUCUUGUAGGAGAAUAAUUUGUAGGUGAGAGGUCAUAUGAUGUGUUUGUAGCAAAGCUACUAUCAUCAUCAGAGGAAAGAAUAAACGGGCCCUCCACAGAAGUUAUUUGAAGAAGUUGAGCUUCAGUUUGAGUGGAAGCAUGAACAUUGGUCACUGAUGGAAUGAUACGAUAAGCGGGAGAAUAAGGAAACCCGGUGGGUACAGGUGAGGAGCAGAGACGUUCCAGCAAGCUGUAACAUCGAUGGCCAAAUAAGCCAGCUGAUGAAGUAUAUUUUCACCCAGGCCUGUGAGAUUGAGCAGCCGAGUGAGAGAAAGUUGUAGGUGGGCGUUGAUCAGCUGGACAGAGAUCAGAGAGAAAGGACGAAAAUUAAAUAAAACAGUAGUGGUAACACUUAAAACAUAUUCACAUAAAUACAUGUACAAGCACAUGCAAAGAAUGUAGGAAACAGGUAUCAAUACAUGAUAUGGAAAAAGCAUAAAAUUGAAAAACACACUCAUACGAUGUUUUGAGAAAAACACACAUCCACACACUCACAAAAAUGUAACGAGAGAAACACACACACACACAUGUAUAUACUCACAGAAUGUCUAAGAAGCACCAAAAAACAUAUAAACAUACUUAGAAUUAGAGAAGAAAUAUGUGUAACAUUAAGCAAUAAUAAAAAUACAUCUCACCCAUAAUGAAGAAGUGAUAAAAAUAUCCAAAGUGUUCAGGACAACAGGCGAUGAAAUGCGCACAGCUCGAUUACCGGAAGUGGGAAUGGCAGUAAGGGUCUUGGGAAAUGUUUAAAAUACCCUAAAGGAAAACAUGAAGAUAAUGGAGUAUCCAGUGGCUGAAAAUGUGUUUUAAGGUGAUUUCAGAACGAGAAAAGCUUGUUCUAAUGGUAUUUUAAAAUCCAAUAAGUAGUUUUUAAGGGGAAUCAGAAAAGACGUUAAUAAAGCAUAUUGGGAUUCCAAAAGAAUGAGAUAAUUGGGCAUAACGUAAAGAUAAGACUGUAUAAAUAGGGCAUUGAAUCUGUGCUUAGAU